CUCACGUCAGUUCUGGCUUGCAGUUUAGUUCAGUUCUAGUGCGAUCCUCGUGCAGGAACAGCAAAUAAAUCUUUUUCGAGUUCAUUAAUUAUGGUUGUUACUAAAUUGGAUUAACAUUGCUGUGUAAACGUAGUCUAUGCUUUUCUGAUUUUUGAUGUUGAUUGUCCAUCUUGAAAAGAGAACAGCGUUGAAGCUGAGCAAAUUGUCUCACCUUUGAGGUUAGAAUUCCAUUGUCAUAACGGGGGCCGAACAGUCAGUCAUGUCCGUCUCUCAGAUGGAAAAGAAUUUAUUUAAUUUGAAGUUUGCGGUAAAGGAGUUGGAAAGAAAUUCUAAGAAAUGUGAAAAGGAGGAAAAGAUAGAAAAAGCAAAAAUCAAAAAAGCGAUACAAAAGGGUAACAUGGAAGGUGCUCGCAUUCAUGCAGAGAAUGCAAUUCGACAAAAGAAUCAGGCCUUGAAUUAUCUCCGGAUGAGUGCUAGAGUAGAUGCGGUUGCUAGCAGAGUACAAACUGCAUUAACCACUCGCAAAGUCACUCAAUCCAUGGCUGGUGUUGUCAAAGCUAUGGAUGCAGCUAUGAAAUCAAUGAACCUAGAAAAAAUCUCUGGACUCAUGGAUAAGUUCGAGAGUCAAUUCGAAGAUUUGGAUGUGCAAAGUUCAUAUAUGGAAAACGCCAUGUCACAAACUACAACCACUAAUGUACCUCAAAAUGAUGUAGAUGCUUUAAUGCAACAAGUUGCAGAUGAAGCUGGGCUGGAAUUGAACAUGGAACUUCCAUCAGGUCAACUUGGUAGUAUUGGUACUUCCACAGCAGUGAGUCAAGAGCAAGAUGAAUUAACACAGAGAUUGGCACGACUUAGAGAAUAAUGAACUGCUUUAAUAUGUAUUGCAAUUCAAAUGUUUUAUAUACAUUAUGUAAUAUAUUAUUUCUCAUAUUAUGUUAUGGUAAGUGUAUAGAGUGUAUAGUAACACAUAUAUUUUACACAAAUAACACAAAUUUUAAUCCUAAAAAA